AUGGAUUCAGAUGCAUGGAAAAUCAUCCAUAUACCUGAAAAACCAUCAUUCCCACCUGAGCAGCAGCCCAUUGCCAAGGUGUAUGCAAGUGUAAUCAAACCCAAAUUUACCAAUACCAUAGUGAGGCAUUUAUGUAAGAUUGCUCCUCUAGAAGAUUUCCGUCAUAUUAAAAGGGUGCGGAAGAAGAUUCUUCCAGAUAACGGUGAAACUCAGUUGACUGUCAUCUUAUGUCUAGCACCUGAGAACAACAAUCAUUUGAACGAUAUGCCAUCUGAUGUACAGAAACUCGUCGAUCCCUAUGAGUUGAGUCCUUUUGUUACAGAAGUAAGCAAAUUUGCUGCGGUAUCGAAAGAAGAGUGGGAAGAACAGUGUAAGAUAUGGCCAACUUCGUUUCAUCCCCCAACUUACAAUAUAGAUGGCAUUGGUGGAUUCAGCGAGGAAGACACACAAUCAAUCUGCAAGUUCAUGAGCCUUGCUAUUGACUUGGCAGUAUCUGGUCAGAAAUCGCUUGUAAAUGCUGCAGUGAUAGUUGAUCCUUCAGUUAAGCGGAUAAUAGCUAGUGAAACUGAUCAAGUAUAUCCAUCAUCUGCUCCAUGCGACAUGACCAUCCCCUUCGAUGAAACAGGGGAAUCUAACCACUGUCAGAGUUUAGACAGAGUAACUAACGCUAGCUCGGAGAUAUGCUUAAACAGCAUACUUGAAAAACUGAAUGGUUCAUUGUCUGCUGUUGCUUGUCUGAAUCCUUGGCAAUGGAGUUUGCAGCCACAUGACACUGAAAAGUGUAGCCAAUGGCACCCUCUAAGGCAUGCUUCCAUAGUUGCCAUUGAAUCUUCUUCUAUGAGAGAUAGAUAUAUGUUUCCCAAUUCAUCUGAGAAUGCUGGUCCGGAUCAUUCUCAGCCGUCAAAUGCUGAUUCCUCAGCUAAAAGGCAGAAAACAAGCAGUCACAGUCCAGACGUUCAAAAUGAGAGCGGAGAAGAAACUUGCAGAGGUCCUUCAAUGGAAAGGCCCUACCUUUGCACUGGUUAUGACAUUUUCUUGCUUUGGGAGCCUUGUACAAUGUGUGCUAUGGCUCUUGUGCAUCAAAGAAUAAAACGAAUUUUCUAUGCUUUUCCAAACCCUACGGCAGGCGGUCUCGGGAGUGUUCAUAGACUUCAAGGAGAAAAGAGUUUAAACCACCAUUAUGCAGUGUUCAGAGUUUUGCUACCUGGAGCUGCUGAUAAUGCACUCGACCAUGGUUUAAAACAUGUUGCAGCCGAGUCAUAA